AUGACCAGGAUAAGCAGACAGGCGGUCAAGACACGACUCCUCCUGUUGAGUCUUGAGGAGUCCAGGUUGGGCUGCGGAUCGUCACUCACCGCAAUACAAGGCAAAUGCGGCCAAGCCGAAGACGUGGCUCACGGCUGGCUCAUCAUCUCCUUCUCUUGCAAUGUCGCGCUCGCUACACGUGGGCGGACCGACAUGUCAUCGGACUUGUCGGACGACGAUGCCCUGCCUGGUGGCGGGGGCAAAAUUUCUCUUUCUCACUUUCGGUAUUACGCAGUCUUCAUUUUGCUGCUAGCACCCACGCGGACCGGGAACACUGGCAUUUGA